AUGGGUGCUUCACAAUCCUCUACAAACGAAGCUGCUGUGCAGCAGCAGCUAGUCCAGCAGCUCCAGACACUCCGGAUGAAGGAUAAGGUCAAGCAGCAGGACAUCGAGCGAGAUUACGUCGAGGUCGAGACUGAGAAAGACCAUCAUGGCUUCUCUUCAGACCCUUCUUUGUCCAUUUCUACCGCGACAGCAUGGGAGCGUGAGCUCCUCUCCGACCCCAAGAAUCGCCUCGCCCUCUCCGCCCUCUUGCAGAACGACGUGCGCAACAUCAUCUCUCAAAAGGUCGCCACGCUUCCCGAUAUCCAGACUUUUAAUGUCAAGAUACCGUUUGAAGGCGCACCAGUCACCAAUCAGAGGUCUUCUGGACGAUGCUGGCUGUUUGCGACCACCAAUGUCCUCCGAGUCCCACUGAUGAAGAAGCACAAUUUGAAAGAGUUUGAGCUCAGUCAGGCAUAUUUGUUCUUUUGGGACAAGCUAGAAAAGGCAAACUGGUUCCUGGAGCAGGUUCUAGACACUUGUGAUGAAGACCUUGACAGCAGGCUGGUGCAAGAGCUGCUCGGUGCCCCGGUUAACGACGGUGGGCAGUGGGAUAUGGCUGCGAACCUGGUCAGCAAGUACGGCCUUGUUCCGCAGACACUCUACCCUGACUCCUACAAUGCCAUGAAUUCGAGCGCCAUGGGAAGCAUCAUCACCACUAAGCUACGGGAAGACGCUCUGGUCUUGAGGUCGAUGGAGAAGUCGGCCACCCGAUCCUCCAUCCUGGCCACCAAAGCCAAGAUGAUGCAGGAAGUGCAUUGUAUCCUCACUCUGAUGCUCGGGCCGCCGCCCAAGCCUGAUGAGAAGUUUGCCUGGGAGUACUACGAUGCAAACGACAAGUUUCACAGGGUUUCCAAAACGCCGCUCGACUUUGCAAAUGAACUUUCGACGCCUGCUGCGGUCAGGACUCUGGGGACCAACGUCUCGUCGUUGUUCUCACUCGUCAACGAUCCUCGCAACGCAUACAUGAAACUUCUCACCGUCGAUCGACUUGGGAACGUUGUGGGUGGCAGGCCCAUCACCUACGUCAAUGUGGACAUGUUGACCAUGAAACAAGCUGCCGUGGCGAUGCUGAAAGCUGGUCUCCCAGUUUUCUUUGGCUCUGAUGUGGGCAAGUUUUCCAAUUCUUCCAGCGGAAUCAUGGACACUGCGCUGUACGACUAUAAACUCGCGUUCAAUAUCAGUCUCAACAUGAGCAAGUCGCAGAGGCUGAAGGCCCGAGAGAGUGCCAUGACACAUGCUAUGGUCUUGACAGGCGUCCAAGUUGACGAUGGGAAGAGCGUCCGGUGGCGAGUGAUGAACAGCUGGGGAGAUUCCGCAGGGACCAAGGGCUAUUUCGUCAUGAGCGACGAAUGGAUGGACCAGUUCGUGUACCAGGUUGUGGUUGACCCGGCCUACGUCAGGAAGGAUGUCAAGGAUGUGCUCAAGCAAGAGCCCAAGGUUCUGAAUCUGUGGGACCCGAUGGGAGCGUUGGCUUGA